UUCGAAUUUUUAGCUUGAAUCAGCUGCUUCCGCUCGAACGCUGCCGGAUUCGGCGUACGGGGAGGCGAAUCCUGGACGGCCGGACGGCGACGCCGCCCCUCCCCCCCUCAAGCCGCCGUACUCGCCCUACCCCUCGUACCAGUACCGCCCCCGUUCCAGCCCGUGGCGGCAAGCAGUUCUAGCCGUUGCGGCGUCGCACGGCGGCUGCCGGAUCGAAGCCCAGAUCCCCAUUUAUGGCGGCGUCUCGUCCCCUUCAGUUUUCCAUUUCUUUUUUAUAUAUAUAAACGCGUCCGUUUCAGUGUUGCCGGGCGGCAUUUAUGGGUCAGGCAAUGGGCGCGUUCCUUGUGACGCACCCAACCAACUCGAUCCCGCUCAUGUGAUCUGCUCCGGGCUCAUUCAACCGUCGGCGUGCCGUGCAAUUACACGGGGCACGGCUGUACCUUGCUAGGGUUCUUGAUGUCGGAGUAACCCGCUUGUCCCCUGCGGCUGUGGUGUGUGGAUGGCUAUUUACUGGAGUCACUGCUGAGCUACCUUACCAAGUGAGAUGUUCAGUGUAAACUUAGUCGUGAGUUCAGUUUCCACCUGAAUAGUUAACCUUGCUGAUUGCGAUGGGGCUGUUGUUCAUUCCAUGAACAAUACUAGAUGCUUGUUUCAAAAGAUGCAUAUACCAAGACAUCUGCAAGCUCAGCUUCUGAGGAAGGAUCCUCUUGGCCACCACCAUUGUCUAAAGGAUGACAUUUCAAGCCCCAACUCCGUCCUGGAGCCACAUAGUGGAGAGCUCCACAAGGUACAUCUUCGUCUUGCCUCUGGCGUGGAGGAUGCGACAAAAUGGGAGCCUGUAAGCAUAAAGAGCAUUGAACCAGAUGGUGCUUAUGUGAUUGCCAGCCAACUAAAUCUCGUUGAGGAACAGCAUGGGGGAAGUUAUGUUGCUAGCCUUGAGAUGGAGCUUCAGCGGGCACGGGAUAGGGUGAGCAAGCUAGAAGCUGAGCGGGUUUCAGCAAAGAAGCAACUCGAUCACUUGUUCAAGAAACUCGCAGAGGAGAAAGCAGCUUGGCGGAACAGAGAGCACAAGAAGGUUCGAGCCAUUCUUGAAGAUAUGAAGGCAGACCUGGAGCAUGAGAAAAAGAACCAGAGGCAGUUGGAGACUAUUAACUUCAAACUUGUUGAUGAGUUGAAAGAGGUCAAAAUGGCAGCGAAGCAGCUACUGCAGGAUUAUGAUAACGAGCAGAAGACGCGGGAACUCACAGAGGAGGUGUGCAACAAGCUGGUGAGGGAGAUAGAGGAACAGAAGUCAGAGAUUGAAGUCUUGAAGCAGGAUUCCGUCAAACUGCGGGGUGAGCUGGAUGAGGACCGGAAAUUGCUACAGAUGGCUGAGGUGUGGCGCGAGGAGCGAGUGCAGAUGAAACUUGUCGAUUCCAAACUCACUCUGGAGGCCAAAUAUGAAAAGUUGAGCAAACUUCAGGAGGAUGUAGAGGCUUUCAUUUCCACUUUUAGCUCUUCCAAAGGAGACAGCACAGUUGUUGAAGCAGCAUGCAAUAUCAUACAGACCAUUGGAGCGGUUAGAGAGGAAGAGGUCGAAUUCACGUAUGAGCCGCCACGAGCAUCAGAAGAUAUAUUGGCCAUCUUUGAAGAGCUGCGCCCUAGUGACGAAACUGUUACAAAGGACACUGAACCGUGUCCAAACCAGAGCUAUGCAAUGUGUGAAUCAGAAAUCCAAGAAGCUAGCCCAGCGGCUGAUAUAUUUCUGGAAAAUCGAGCCAAAUUGUUUCAAGAUGGAAGCCAUUCUGGUGAGAGCGAAAUGGAAGAUGGCAGCAGCUGGGAGACCAUGAGCCAUGAAGAGAUGCAGGGCUCAAGCCACUCGCCAUAUGGAAGUGAUCGUUCAGUCAACAAGAUCUUUGACAGAAUUUCCUGGACGAGUGGAAACGAUUCAGAGGGUGGGCAGACCAACAAGCUGUGUGAUGACUUGAGCAAUGUGUACCUGACCGACAUGAAACAGCCCAAGAAAGAGUCUGCCAUAUCGAAGCUCUGGAAGUCAUCCCCGCUGAAAAACUACGAAUUCCGCACUAAAGAUGCUGCAGAGAUGACAAAUGGGAGAUCAUCGAGUGCAAGUCUUCCCAAUGGUGUGUUCUCAAAUGCCAAAGGCUUGAAUUUAGAUAUGGGAGCCAGCACCCCAAGUACACUGCAGUGGAGCUCACCAGACUCGAUGAACAGCCAGCUCAACCGGGGUUUCAGAGGUUGCAUGGAGCUGGUUCAGAGGCAGAGCCUCAAGGCAAAGCUUUUAGAAGCCCGGAUGGAAACCCAGAAGAUUCAGCUUCGUCAUGUGCUCAACCAGAAAACCUAAUUUAGAACUGCAGUUCGCAUCCAGAAAUAAAAUUCCAAGCAUUGGAUUUUUACUUCAUUUCUCUUGUGCAUUGUAGAAUGUAACUUAGUCUCUUGUGCUUCUACUUCAUAGAAGUAUAUAGCUAGUUGUAGCCUAGUAGGCUGACCUGGCCAUAGUUGAUGCAUCUGUCUAAUUGUGGCAGUACAUUUGACAGGUUAUAGUGUCGUCAUUGUUCGUGCUGUAGCAGUAAACAAGAAGCAUUGUUCAGACAAACUGUACCAGUAAUGUAGCAGCAAACAAGAAGCACUGUUCAGACAAACUGUUCCAUUGGCAGUGAAGGUUUGUAACA